AUGAAUCUAAACAGCGAGUCAGUGUCUUCAGAGGAGAAGCUGUUGAUAUGCAGGAGGUAUUUCAUCAUUGGCUGCUUUGGUCUUCCGUUUGUGUGGCUAGUGAACGGUCUCUGGUUCAUUAGGGAAGGAUUCUUUGUUAAAAGUGAAGUGACGACCAGGAUAAGGCGCUACGUCUUGUUCUCAUGGUUGGGUGCACUGAUAUGGAUAGCUGCCUUCAUACUCUGGACCUCAGUCUAUCAAACACAGAGACAGAACUGGGGGAAAUCUGGGAUUUAUUUAUCAUUUGUGUUACCAGGGGGUGUGGCUUAA